AUGGCACACGCGUGGACCGACCUCCCUUCGGCCCUUUCGAGCGCUCUUCCAAAGGCCAACAAGGCAGCUCAAGAUGAUGAGCAACUGAAAGCUUUCACCACGACCAAUGCCAUUGCUGCCCCGGCGACUUUUGGUAUCAAAGCUGCUGGAUCUAACAAUGCGAUUCUUGUACAUGUCACGAACGGCAAGGCCGACAUCCAAGCCGGUACUACCAAGGAUUGCCUCUUCGUCCUCUCUGCGCUUCCAGAGCAAUGGCAAGAGUUCAUGAAGCAAACUCCGGUGAUGCCAUACCAAUCCUACUGGGGUAGGUCUCGCGUUUCACUUACCCAUCAAUUCACACUCACCACCUGCAGCCAUCAGACGCGAGAUAGACAAAAUGGACGCUGACACGCUGAAAGGCAUGUUUGGGAUGAACAUCAAGCAACAAGGCAUCGAGAUCCAGGGUGAUCAAACCUCCUUUGCCCACUGGACGCACGUCUGGAGGCGUGUCUUGGAGCUCAUCCACGAUGCUCAUGCCGGCCCUACUCCAGCUGACGACGAGCCGGAGAUGGAUGAGGAUCACAUCGUAGGACGAUACGCCUACAUCACCUCUCCUGGUUGGGGCAAAUGCAAGGUCUUCUACGAACAAGCAGGCGAGGGAGACCAGGACAUCGUCUUCUUGCACACGGCCGGUAGCGAUGGUCGCCAAUACCACGGCGUCCUGAACGACGAACGUAUGCGCAAGAAGUGCAGAAUGACCGCCUUCGAUCUCCCAGCUCACGGCAGGAGCUUCCCAUACCAAGGGUAGUCCCCAUCCAUUCCCCUCCCGAAAAAAAACACCAGCUGACUCUUAUUCCCACUUCCCACAGGUAUUGGCCCGGCAAACACACCAACACAGAAGACUCCUACGUCGGCUGUAUCGCCGCUCUGGUCAAGAAACUCAACCUCAACAAACCCAUCAUCUGCGGAGCUUCCAUGGCAGGCCAAAUCUCCCUCGCCUGUGCCGUUCGCUACAAAGAAGUCGGAUGCUCCGGUACCAUUCCUCUCCAGGGAAGCGACUACCUCAACAUGGAUCGCCAAUGGUACGACCGGUCCCCCUACGUCAACCAAUCCCUCUUCAACCCGGAAUGGAUCUACGGUAUGAUGUCGCCCACCGCGCCGCUCAAGAACCGCCAGCUCGUCUGGCACAUGUACAGCGCGCAGGCAUACGGCGUGUUUCACGGGGAUCUCGAUCUCUACUUCGUGUUGAACAAAGGGAACCUGAGAACCGAGAAGGCAGUAGCGAGGUGGCUUACGGAGUUACCGACUCAAAGGAAGGUAACCGGAUUCGGAUGUCAAUGGACUUACUAUUGUCAAGGCAGCUAUAAGUAUACCUUAGGCAGCCUAGGUUUAGAGGAAAUUAACCCUUCUACAUACUUACUUUUCAGUAGCAUAACAUUCAAGAGGUUAUGAGCCCGGGUUCGCUCGGGUCUCUUAAUAGCCUACAUUCCGCUGUAACAACAACAACAAAUUCAGCUUACUAACGACCAACUCGCUUACAAUGUCUAACGACAUGACCGACGUCGAUUCAGCCUUCAAAGGCUACAAAUUACUUGAAACCGCUAUGUAGUACCUGGGAUGGACUCGCAACUUUAAGACACUCGCUUAGGCCAAAGGGCUCUAGGCUUAUGUCUCUAGAAGGGCCGAAGUCUGCGAGAAGCCAAACCUAAACGAUUUCUUUCAGGGACUCCGAAUUGUCGCUAACACCGAAGCCGAUAGCGGGGCUAAAACGAAACUAGACGAUGUCCUAUUUAACAAGGUUAAGAAGGAAAGGACAUCGAAGACUCGAACCAGUUUUCUUCCCUCUAAACUACAAGGGACCAAACCUCUAUUAGGGGACACGACGGAAGAAGGACAGAGCUCCUCCGAGGUACCGGCGCUAACGACAACGACUACGUCAAAGCCCUUGGAUCUAAACACUUGCCUUACGCUAUACAAGUAUAACGAAGAAGCUUACAACAAGUAUUCUACUAAGAUGGAACAAGCCUAUAUACUUAUCGACGCCUACGUAUCUCUAGCCAUUCGAGGAAGAUUAUAGUAGUUUAAUAAUCCCUUUAUAAAGUGGAUCUUUAUCCGUAAUUAAUACUCUCUCUUACUAGUUAGGGCACUUAAGCUUGCCUAAGACAAGUUCGAAAGACUUUAGCUAGUAAACUAUAAGAACAUAUAGACUUAUAUUAACGAAGUUAAGGGAGCUAAGCUAGACAUUACCGAUAUAGGAGGAGAGUGUUCCGAUAUAAUAGUUGUAUCGAAACUAGUACGUAGAUUAAGCGACGAGUAUUAGGCAUUCGUAGACUAUUAUUACUUCUUUAGAGACACCGACGAAGUAACGAUAGACCUUAGUAUAAUAACUUCUCGCCUACUUACCUUCGAAUCCGAUCUGUAGACGCGUAAAAGAAAGAAGACGGUUAACGCCUUUAUUAAAACCGAAACUCGUAAGUGCUCUACCUACGGAAAAAAUAGCUAUACCGACGAAAGAUGCUAGACUACGUACCUAGAACUUAAGCUGUCCCCCGAAGAGCUUCGGGCUAAACGAAACUAACGUAAGGACGACUCGUUAAACAAAGCAAGCAACUCUAACUCUAACUCUUCUCUACUAAACAGAAGAGUACUAGCUAUAACUACUACUAAUCGUAAACACUUCGAUUAGGCCUUAUAAGCUAAAGCUCUAUAGACUAAAUAUAAGACCUUAACCUCCCGACUAAAAGCCGAAGCUAACUUACUCCUUUAGGAAGAAGGAGAGGACAGCUUAGUAAGGGGGGUAAAAGGCAAAAAGGUUUCAGCUUUUAGUGUUUUAUGUUCCAAAGGAGAUGUAAGUUAGACUUAUACUAAGUCUAAUAGUAAAGAGAGCUCUCUAGGUCGUUCUAUUACAAGUCUAGUUUCAUCCGAUAAUAAUCUAGAUAGUAAUAAAGAGAACCGACCACCGUAAUGCUUACUUGUAUCUAGACCUGAUUCUAAACGUAACAAAUGGAUUCUUAACUCUAGCGCAAACAUCUACGUAGUUAAUAGCCUAAGAUAGUUUGAAAACUACUAUAAAUUUAAUCUCCUUAUCGGUAUAGCUAAUAGAGACAAAUCCCUACAUAUCUACGGAGGAGGAACGAUAGUUAUUACUACCUUAGCUCUAGACGGAGAAGAAAUCGACAUCCGUCUAUCCCGAGUAGCCUAUACUCCGGAUCUAAGAUAUAACAUUAUGUCUAUGUUAUAACUAGGAAAGGUUAGACUACACGGAAUUUGGACUAAUAGAUCUAUAAACAUUACUACAUACGAAGGAGACGUUAUAGGACAAGCGUUCGAACAUAAAGGUCUCUAUGUCUUACUAUAUAAAAAG